ACCGAUGUGCACGUGAUGAUUUCAGCAAGGGAAGUAUUCCCAUGCUUUAUAUUUCGAGUUUUCCUCCUUUUUCAAGUAUUCUCCCGAGUUCACACACUAACAAAUCAUGCAAAUUUUGAAUUCGAAAAGUCAUUAUCAUCAUGCGAUAAACCAUGUUACAACGGCGUCUGCUUGAACAAGGCCUGUGUUUGUUCGAAAGGAUGGUACGGUUCACAGUGCGAUCACUGUUUUGGGCGGAUACGAAUAUCUGACAACGCGAGCUACAUUUCGGAUGGACCUCUGGAUUAUAGCCCUUCAGCAAAAUGCACAUGGCUCAUUGAACCGGAAAAUAGCGCUACUCCACUCAAAAUUCGGAUAAACAGCUUUUUCACCGAGUGCGGCUGGGAUUAUUUGUAUAUUUACGAUGGUGAUAGUGUUUAUGGAAAGCAGCUUGCCGCACUAUGCGGAGAACAACCAUCACAAGAGUUCACUGCGGCUUCUGGUAAAGCACUGGUGCACUUUUUCAGUGACUUAGCCAUUAAUUUAAACGGGUUCAAUGUUUCAUACGAGUCAAAUCGCUGUGCGUAUAACUGUUCAAACCAUGGAAGCUGCCUGAAUGGAAAGUGUGAUUGCGAAGAUGGAUACAAAGGUCUCAACUGUGAGUAUCAAGUCUGCCAACUCAGCGGAAAAUCCACGGAAAGUCCGUGUCAUGAAGGUCAAUGUGUUGAUGGAAGAUGUGAAUGUCUCUCGGCAAGGGUUCAUGGAGAAACCUGUCAAAUGCCAGUGUCUUCAUCGGUGUGGGACCUGAUUCACCCGACUAACAAUGCACCAACCGGAAAAGCUUCCCACGCGUCAAUCGCUAUCGAUGAUGUUGUUUGGAGCAUCGGUGGAGAGUUUUUCGAUGGAAGCUCUGAUCCGAAUAACAUUGACGUGUACAACGUGACAAGUCGGAUUUGGAGUAAGGUGGAGGUGUCCGGAGAUAUGCCGAAACCUCGCUUUGAUCACACAGUUGUCAAGUAUAAGAACAAGCUGUACAUGUUCGGAGGAGUUACAAAAACCCAAGUCCGUCACCAAACGACACAAGCCGCAACAAACGAGCUUUGGAUCUUUGACAUGGGCUCUAAAAAAUGGGCUCAACAGAUUCACAAGAAUGAGACAAUUAUUGCUGCGCCAUUCGCAGUUGCAGGUCACUCAGCUCAUGUGAUUAGAUCCGAGAUGUUUGUGAUAUUUGGCUAUAACCCACUGUUUGGCUUUAUGCAUCACGUGCAGAUUUAUAAUUUUGAAACCGAAGAAUGGACGGUGGCCAACACAAGCGAUCAUGUUUACGGAAGGUUUAAACAUUCCGCAGUGGAAUACACAACACCAACAGGAGCCACUGCAAUUCUGGUUUAUGGUGGUAGCAUGUGGAACAACACCAUCACCGACAGCUUGAUGCAAUUUGACACAUCUACCAAGAAAUGGUCGAAUCUUCCACAGUCUGGAGUUCAACUAUAUCUUCAUGCUGCUGCAUACCUUAAUGGCUUGAUGGUAGUCGUUGGAGGUCGAGGAUCGAAUGUGACGGCGGGAAGUAAAAGCGAAUGCUUUUCAAAUAUGGUGCAAUCCUAUGACGUUGCUUGUAAGCAAUGGUCCAACAUGUCAACUGCUCCAGUGGAUUUGAAAAGAUUUGGCCAUUCUGUUCAUGUUAUCGGCCAGAAGCUUUAUGCUCUUGGUGGUUUCAACGGAAAAAUGAAGAGCGACGUUUGGACAUUGAGUCCAGCAAAAUGCUCAUCAGCUACAAGACCUGAUGAAUGUCGUCUAAUCACCGAUGGCACAAAAUGCGUUUUCGUCGACAGUUCCUGCGUUCCAUUUGACCCAACAGUCUCCUACAAAUCAUCGUUCGCCUCAAUGAUUAAAUCAUCGACACCUAAAUCUUUUGAUGAAUGCACAAAUACACCAUUAAGACUCGCUCUGAAAACGUGUGAAGAGCAAACGGAUUGUGUCUCUUGCGCCUCUAAAUCCGGAUGCGGAUGGUGCUCCUCAGGAGAGCAAUGUCUUCCAAAUGAGCAAGAGUGUGUGGAUGGACCGGGCAUGCUAACAUCCUGGGAGAAGUGCCCGCAAAGAAAUAGUGUUGCAACAAUGCGUCCAUGCAAUAUGGAGAACAACUGUGGUAGCUGUAGAAUCUCACCACACUGCACUUGGUACCCAAUUGAUAAAGCAUCGCCUUGUGUGAGCAAGGAGGAUUUGAUUGCCGUCGUCUACGAAUAUGAGACCAAGUCAGUUCUUGCUGAUCGCAACAAGUUUCUCUCACCUUCGCAUUUCCCAUCUUUCUUCCGUAACGCUACCGAAUGCCCAAUGCCUUGUGCUCAGCGGAACAACUGCAGCGAUUGCACCGAUCUUGAGCAGUGCAUGUGGUGUCCGAGCACGAAUAGAUGCAUCAACUUGGAAGCAUACACGCUGUCAUUCGCUUAUGGACAAUGCCACUCGUGGGUUACAUCUGGCUCAGGAAGUGUUAUCAAUCGAGUUUGUCAAGCUGAGUCAGUUGUUUGCGAAGAGCACAAGACUUGCGGAGAAUGCCAGAGAGAUCCAGGAUGUGGAUGGCUUGCAGACGACUCCAAGACUGGUCUCGGACUUUGCAUCCGUGGUACAUCAACUGGCCCGUUAGAGCCAAAACCAGAAAACAGUACCUGGUAUUUUAUAGACUGCCCUGCGUGCCAAUGCAACGGACACUCUACGUGCUUCACUUCUGUUGGUUCCUUCCCUCCGGUCACAAUUGAAAAAUGCCAAAGUUGUCAAAACCACACCACCGGUGCUCACUGUGAGCGAUGUGCUCCAGGUUUUUACGGCGACGCCAGAAACGGAGGAGUUUGUUCACCAUGCGAUUGCCAUCAUCAAGCUGAUAUGUGUGACCCAGUGUCUGGCCAAUGCUUCUGCAAAACUAAAGGAGUCACUGGAGACCGCUGUGAUAAAUGUGAAGCGAAAUAUGUGGGCAAUCCGAGAAAUGGAACACCAUGUUUCUAUGAGCUAGCCGUAGACUUCAUAUUCACCUUCAAGUUGAGAAGCGACGAUAAGGAUAAUCACACGAGUGAAAUUUACCUAUACAGUGUUCCAUAUAAGAAAGACACUGACGUCACAUUCCAAAUCAGCUGUGAAUCUCCAAAGGGUAACGCACUUGUUGCUUUGAACAUGACCUCGUCUUAUGUGAACGGGCUCGCGGAUAAGUCUCAAGCCAUGAUGGUGGAUACAAUUUGUGACUCGAAAGGAUUCCGACGUGUCUAUGUGGCAUCAGAUAAGGGAUAUCCAUUUGGUCCAGAUUCGAACACUACCUUUUUCGUUCGAGUAUACAACUUCAACACGCCAGUUCAAAUUGUUGUCAGUUUUGCACAAUCACCGCCGAUCAACUGGGUCCUGUUUUUCGUGAUAUUUGCAGCAUGCUUCAUUGUCCUUCUAGUCGUUGCCGGUCUGCUGUGGAUGAUCAAAGUUAGGAUAGAAGCUUAUCGCAGGAAUCAGCGGCGGAUAGAUGAAAUUGAGCAUAUGGCAUCCCGUCCUUUUGCAUCGACAAAAAUGGAGCUCAGCAUGCUAAGCCAAUUCUCAUCGGCCGGAGGUCCAACACCUCUAUCCAUCGAACCGUGUAGCAACUACCGUGCCGGAGUCUUCACCCUGGCCGUACGCCUCCCCACCGGAGGCAAAGCAGUAACACCUAGUGGAACAUCUGGAUUAGCAGUUGCUUCAUCGUUGUGCCUUCUCACUCCCCAACAGGUCGGUGUGCUCCAAGCACAAGACAACGGGGAGAGCAAUAGUGGGCGGAAAAGUAAUUUCCGAAAUUUGUUAAGGUUGACGAUACGACAACGUCCCAACAAUAAUGAUUAAGUGUUUCAAAUUUCUUAUUUUUAAGUUUUUGUUUAUGAAUCCACUCACUUUCCAUGCCCUAACCUCAUUUUCCCUGUUUUUUUGUCAUUUUCCAUUUUUUCUUGUGUAUUUUUUUCUCUCAUUCACUUUCAAACUGUCGAUCAAUCAAAUACUUGCAUAUGAAAAUUACGAGUUGUCAUUUUUAACACUUUGUAUUUUAUAAGAAACAGAUCAAUAAAUAUUUUUCCUAAUGCUC